AUGGGGGGGAUAAACUUCCCUUUCUCACCCAGUAUCGCACUCAUUAUUUGCCUUGUUAUCUGUUACUUCGCUCUCGUUCAUCACAAUGAGAUUGACCCACUGCCCACCGUUCGUUACAAAUGGUUCCUUCCCGAUCUCAUCAACAGGGUCAUGUUCUAUUUUAAUGCGCGGAAUCAGAUUGCCCACGGAUACGAAAAGUACAAGGACCGUGCAUUUCGACUGCUGACCGCAGAUGGUGAUUUGGUUGUACUGCCGCUGAAGUGGCUGUGGGAAAUAGAACACUUGCCCAUAACCAAGUUGAGCGCUAUCAGAGCGCGCCACAAGAAUUUCCUUGGAGAGUAUACUGACCUGUUCAAAGGGAGCACAAAUGUAUCUUGUGCAGUCACCGGCAUGGAUCGCCGCAAUCAGCACAUUGCCGGUCAAUUUAAUGAAGAGUUCCAUAAGGCGCUUUGCAGGGUAGUCCCCAGAUGCCAGUAUAAAUGGACCUCCGCCAACCUCUACAGACUCGUCCUUAAACUCAUAAGCCGUGCCACUGCCCGCUUCACCGUUGGUGAAGAGCUCUGCCUCAAUGACUUAUGGCUCGAAACGGUCACUGCGUACACAACCGACAUCCUCACGACCAUCAUUCUUCUGCGCCCAGUCCCUCGGUUCCUGCGAGCCCCCAUCGCAUGGCUCCUCCCAAGCCUGCGCCGAGCCCGCACAAAAGCCCACUGGGCCCAAACCGAGCUUCUCGUCCCAAGGAUCGAAUUGCGCCGUCACAGAGAACUCACUGACAGCACAUAUAAGAAGCCCGAGGACCUCAUGCAAUGGGUUAUGGACACAGCUGAGACCAAUUACGAUCGUGAUCCCACCAACAUCGCCAAAGCUUUGAUGUCAACAAUAGCCCUCUUGAUCGUAUACCCAAUUACCAACGUCGUCACGCAUGCUGUAUACGACACCCUCACACAGCCUGAGACACUUGGUCCCCUUCGCACCGAGAUUGAGACGAUCAUGACCUUCAACGAGCAAGAAGACGCAUGGGACCUCAAAUCGAACCGGCCGUACCAGUAUCUCAUGGACAGUUUUCUGCGGGAGUCGUUGAGAUGGAAUCCUCUUAGUGAGCGUAAGUCUUCAACCAAAGUAUUUCUUUCACACCAACAAGCACGAAAUCUGACCCUGCCUCCCAACACCCAAAUCUGUUUCCCAGCCGGCCCCCUCUCGCGGGAUCCAACUAUCAUUCCAAACGCCCACCGCUUCGACUCCUUCCGUUGGACUCACGACCCCUUCGCGGUGUGGAACCUCGUCUCCCCGGACACCAUUGAUACCCGUCUCCGCAACGCUGUCGCCUUCAACAGCGGCCUCACGGAUAUAAGUCCCGUCAAUCUGCAUUUCGGAUGGGGUCACCGUCACGCGGCGGCUUCGUGUCCUGGCCGACACCUUGCGUCGCGCAUGGUGGCUGUGGCGCUGAGUCAUUUGCUUAUACAAUACGAUCUCCGGUUCUUUCCUGGUGAGAGGAAAAGACCAGCUAACUUGGGGGUUGGGGAGUUCGUGUUACCGAAUCCUGGUACUAGGGUGUUGAUCAGGGAAAGGGCAAGGGGAGGAUGA